AUGACGGGACUCGAGAUUGCCGGCAUUCCCCUGGCCGUCGGGGGCCUGCUCCUCUCCGUCAAGGGCGCCGUCGACGGGUUCAACAUGAUCGCCGACGUGUGCGCAAAGGACAACGGGCUGCGCUUCGCCUCGACGCAGUACUACGUCGAAAAGGUCAAGCUCGGGGUGUGGGCGCGGCGCUUCAAGGUCCACGUCGACGACGAGGACGACGACGAUGAUAAGGAUAGCCACGACUACGACGAUUUGGAAAGGGAGGGCGCAACCGACAGCCCGCUGCUCCAGCAGCCGCAGGUGAGCCGCGACGCCAUCUGGCGCAUCAUCGCCGAGAUCAACGCCACGCACGAGCUCGCCAUCAAGUACAUCUCCAAGUUCCACGUCGAGCCCGUGGCGCUGCCCGACGCGGCGGACGCGGGCCCGCAGACGUUCCACCGCAAGAGCAAGUGGGUGACGAUGCUCGGGGAGGCGCGCGCGCGCGUGCCGCAGCGGAACCGCAUCCGCUGGGUGGCCCGGCACCGGGAACAGUUCACCGGGCUGAUUGCGCGGCUGUCGACGCUGAACCAGGACCUCUGGGACGUCGUCACGCGGGAGGAGGUGGACAGCCUGAGCAUCGUGACGGGCGUGCUGAGCGGCCUCGGCGACCAGCUGUCGCUCGCGUCGCUGCAGAAUGCGCCGGGCACCGACCCGGCCUCGCUGCUGGCGUUUGCGGCGCGGCUGAAGCAGCUGCAGGGCGAGACGGUGCAGCAGCUGGCCGCCAGGGUGAAGAGGAUUGAUGCUUCGGAGCUGUCGUUCCUGAACGCCGAGUCCAACGACACGACUAGUCGCUUUCGCGGGACGUACACGAGCCGGGAGCCGGAAAGCUUGCCGGAGCCGGUGUGGAUCGAAUGGAAAGCCAUUGAGAACAUCGGCGGCCUGACGAGCGAGAUCAUCCUCCGCGUCGAUGCCCUCGGCGCGUUGCUCUCGACCGACAACGCCGCGGCCUUUCACCGGCCGGCGUGCGUUGGCGUCUUCGACGACGUCAAGUACAGAGACCGCAACAGCGGCAACCGCCGCCUCGGACUUGUCUACCGUAGCGGCUCCGCCGCCGCCGGCCUCCCCGUCCCGCUGUGGGACCUGCUCCGCGCCGCGAGCAAGGCGCGGACCCGGCCCCCCCUCGGCGCGCGCUUCGAGCUGGCCUACAAGCUCGCCUCGGCGGUGUCGCUCUUCCACGCCACCAACUGGAUUCACAAGUCUCUGCGCAGCGACAACAUCCUCUUUACGCCAACAAACGCAGACGCAAGCGCAAGCGCAAACGCAAACGAAGGCGUGGACAUCACGGCUCCGCAAAUCGCCGGCUUCCAGUACAGCCGCCCCGCGGCCGACGCCUCCCUCGAAGGCCGCCCCACGGGCGCGCCCGAGCUCGACGUCUACUACCACCCGGAGGUGCUCUCGGGCGGGUGGACGAAAGCCAAGGAGCUGUACAGCCUGGGCGUCGUGCUGCUGGAGAUUGCGCACUGGCGGCCCGUCUUCGAGGAGCGCUACCGGAGGAUGACGAUGCGCGAGGUGUCGGCGGCGAUGCUCGGCGACGUGCAGGGCAGGUUUGGGGACGACCUCGCGGGCGUGGUGGGCAGGGCGUUUGUCGACGUCAUCAAGUGUUGUCUGACGGGGUCGUUUGGGGUGCCAGGCGGGUUGAGCGCCGCGGACGAGGCCAAGGCGCUGAGCGAUGCGUUCUUUCAAAAGGUGGUGAGGCCGCUGGCUACGUUGAAGGCGUAA